GGCAACACACAUGUAACAAUAUUAAUGCAAUGUAACAGGUAGCUAGUCGAAUGCUUUCUUGAUCAUGCAGUUCCCUGCGCCCGACCUAUUUUCUUCUCAUCGACUGCUUCUAAUAACAGACCAGCUUCCAGCUCCAGCGGACUUUUUACUGCAUCGAUUCCUUCACUUGCACCUGAGGCAAAGUAAAACCGCGAAAUGUUUUGCUCUCGCUGUAUCCGAAAGCCUCGAGCGCUGGAAAUCAGUAGCUUCAAAGGCUAACGCCAAUAUGACCCACAGCGAAUCCUUUCAAUUCAUAGAUAUCUUCGACCAGCACCCACCAGCCCAAAAUCGUGGAGAGGGGCCUUUGAAUGUCAUCUCUCUAAAGUACAUCUACGAUCUACUAUCAGCCAAAUUAUCAGACUCCCAAACCUAUGGCCAAAUCCCACUCGUAAUCCUGGAUGACAUCACAUCGCUCGAAUGGCUCGGGGUUUCGCUGCUUGACCUGUCCCGGUUUGCUCGUGCUCUGAGAGCCCUCUGUGUCAAGAUGGACGCAGUAUUAGUCGUCAGACACCACAUCGUCACUCCACCAGAGCCAGAUGCACUUUUGCAGCACUUGCUUCAACUAUGCACCUAUCAUAUCGAGGUCAGGCCUUUAGCCAGCGGGCGAAGCGGUGCAGUGAGCGGAGAGAUAUGUGUGCACCUAGGGCCUAGCAUGAAAGAUGCGAAUGAACAUGUCAUAUCUCGUACGUCGGCGCUGCAAUAUCGUUUGACGGAGUCAAGUGCUGUGUUCUUCGACAAGGGUACCAGCACAGGAGUUCUGUAAACGUUGUGGAGAUGGGCGACAGAGCAUGGGGAUAUGCGUGAUUAACGAGAUCGCAAAAUACUUGUCGAAGCUGUGGAGACAAAGAGGCGGUGUGCGUAAGCACCUCCAAGAAGAUACCAAUACAGAAAGAUUCACCAUCAGUCGAAGAAAAGUACAGCGUACGCUUACUACAUAUGGUCUUUGAAUAAUCCUUGUGCAGCUCAUCAAUUCAACUAUUCAGUAUGUGUAGUGGGUUGAGCCAAUGUCGAGCCCACCCAUUUCUUUUUAGGCUCGCCAGUAGGCUGGACCACGCUACGAGCUCUUACCGCACAACCCUCAUGAGAACACCUCGGGAAGAUUAACGCUUCCGUCAUCAGUACCUGAUUUUGUUACUAAGUAGUAGAGUGUAGCUAUAUUCUAUCACACCAGCGAAUAUACUGGC